AUAAAAACUAACUUGCUGUAUCAGGCGUUCAUGGAAGGAACAGCAGGCGCAUAAGGAACAAUUAAGAAAUGGAGAAUUCUACCAGGGAGGGCCACAGUACGCAGGCUCCUACUGAUCUGGGUACAGCCUCUCUCCCUCCCUCCCUCACAGCUCAGACCAGGGGCAGUACUGUGGACCACAGAGAGCAGCAGCCUGCUGAUCUGAGAUCAGCGCCUUACCAUUCUGUCACAGCUCAGCCUGGAGGCAAUGCUGUAGUACCACAGCUAACACAGUGUCAUGUCAGGGGAGACAUUAAUUUGACUGUUAACAUCCCACCUGGUCAUACUGGAGCCAAGCAGGAGCUGACAAACCCUGAGAUGGAGCUGGGAGGCAAACAGACAGAUGCCUCACCCCAGCAACCGAAUAGAAAAACAAAUGAAGCCAUAAUCAAAGACCAACAGACACUAAAAUCUGACUUGAAGAAGAGGUUUGCACGCAUAUUUGAUGAAUUACGAAAGGAGAACCAUCACAUCCCCCUGAAUGAGAUCUUCACAGAGCUCUACAUCACAGAGGGGGGAAGCGGGGGGGUCAAUAAUGAACAUGAGAUGAGAUGGAUUGAGACAGAAUUUAAAAAACAGGCCUCUCAGGAGACUCAAUUUGACUGCAAUGACAUCUUUAAACUCACACCUGGUGAUGAGAACACUAUCAGAACUGUUCUUACAAAGGGGAUCGCUGGCAUUGGGAAAACUGUCUCUGUGCAGAAGUUCAUUCUGGACUGGGUAGAAGGAAAAGCCAAUCAGGACAUUGAUUUAAUUUUUACACUUCCUUUCCGAGAUCUGAAUUUGAAAAAAGAGAAAGAAUUCAGUCUGAUGGAACUUCUUCAGCACUAUUUUCCAAAACUCACUUUCCAAAAUUAUAUUUCCCUGGAUGAGAUUAAAAGCCUCGAUUGUAAAGUCAAAGUGUUGUUUAUCUUUGAUGGUCUAGAUGAGUGUCAACCUCCUCUAGAUUUCCAGAAAAAUGAGACGUGUUUUGAUGUAACAAUGAGAACCUCAGUGGAGAAGCUCCUGACAAAUCUCAUUUUGGGGAAUCUCCUCCCCUCUGCUCUCCUCUGGAUCACGUCCCGACCAGCAGCAGCCAAUCAGAUCCCUCCUGAGUACAUCAUUCGAAUGACGAAGGUACGAGGGUUCAAUGACCCACAGAAGGAGGAGUACUUUAAGAAAAGAUUCAGAGAUCAGAGCCUGGCUGGCCGAGUUAUCUCACACAUAAAGACAUCCAAGAGUCUGUACAUCAUGUGCCAUAUUCCAGUCCUCUGUCGGAUUUCAGCUGCUGUUCUAGAGACAGUUUUUGGUGGUGCUGAAACAGAAGUAAUCCCCAAAUCACUGACGGAAAUGUACACACACUUCCUGCUUAUUCAAAUGAAUAUGAACAAAAAAAAGUACCACAGCAUGAAUGAGACAAACUCAAAGAACAUGUCAGCAUCAGAUGUAGAAAUCAUCCUGAAAUUGGGGAAGUUGGCUUUUCGACACCUGAAAAGGGGAACCCUGAUCUUCUCUGAAAAGGACCUGAGUGAAUGUGACAUCGAUUUCACUAAAGCAUCAAUGCACUCUGGUCUGUGCACACAGAUCUUUAAAGACGAUUCUGGGUUGUACCGGGAGAAGGUCUUCUGCUUUGUACAUCUGAGCAUUCAGGAGUACAUGGCUGCUUUGUUUGUGUUUCAUUCAUGUGUAAAUGGAAACAUAAAUCUACUCAGUCCAGAGUCUCUGGAGGACCCAGAGGAGGAUGAGGAAGAUUCAAAGGAAGCAUAUGCAGGUGAAUCCCCCAGAGUACCAUUGUCUGAUUUAUACUGCAGUGCAGUCGAUGAGGCACUAAAGAGUGACAAUGGACAUCUGGAUCUUUUCCUCCAAUUCCUCCUUGGCCUCUCACUGGAGUCCACACAGGCACUUCUCCAGGACUUUCUGACACAUCCAGAAAGCAGCUCACUUGUAGCAGGCAGACGGAGAAACAAAAGUCCGAGAACUGAAAGGAGAAACUUGGUUAUUAAAUGUGUACUCCAGUCAUAUAGGGAAAAGCCCUUCAGUUUCGGGCACACACUGAGAGAUACAGAAAGCACCUCACAUGUAUUGACCUCACUGACAAGCACAAAGUCCACAGUUCAGUUGAUUAAAGAAAAGAUCAAAGGGGUACCUACAGCAGAAAGGAUCCAGAAUCUGUUCCACUGUCUGAAUGAACUAAAUGACAACUCUCUAGUGGAGGAAAUCGAGACUUCCCUGAGAUCAGGAAAAUUUUCCAAUGUAAAACUGGACCCAGGACAAUGUUCGGCUGUGGCCUUUGUGCUGUUGAUGUCACAGGACGUCUUGGAUGUAUUUGAUUUGAAGACGUACAACACAUCGGAGGCAGGUCAGCUGAGGCUGCUACCUGUAGUCAGAAACUGCAGGAGGGCCAUGCUUUCUGACUGUAAUCUCACAGAGGAGUCCUGCAAAAUUGUGGCAUCAGCCGUUCAGUUAGAUUCUUCACCCCUGGUAGAGCUGGACCUCAGCCACAAUGGCCUGGGAGAUUCAGGAGUGGAGCUGCUCUGUGCUGGACUGAGGAAUCCAAACUGUAAACUACAGAUUAUAAGGCUGUCAGGCUGUCAGGUGACUGAGAGAGGCUGUGCUUCUCUGGCUUCUGCUCUGUCUUCAAACCCCUCACACCUGAGGGAGCUGGAUCUGAGCUACAAUCACAAAGGGGAGUCAGGAGUGAGAGCGCUCUCUGCUGCACUGGAGGACCCCAGCUGUAGACUGGAGAAACUGAAGCUUUCUGACUGUAAUCUCACAGAGGAGUCCUGCAAAAUUGUGGCAUCAGCCGUUCAGUUAGAUUCUUCACCCCUGGUAGAGCUGGACCUCAGCCACAAUGACCUGGGAGAUUCAGGAAUGGAGCUCCUCUGUGCUGGACUGAGGAAUCCAAACUGUAAACUACAGAUUAUAAGGCUGUCAGGCUGUCAGGUGACUGAGAGAGGCUGUGCUUCUCUGGCUUCUGCUCUGUCUUCAAACCCCUCACACCUGAGGGAGCUAGAUCUGAGCUCCAAUCACCCAGGGGAGUCGGGAGUGAGAGCGCUCUCUGCUGCACUGGAGGACCCCAGCUGUAGACUGGAGAAACUGAACGUUGACCAUGGAGGAGAGAACAGGCUCAAACCAGGCCCGAGGAAAUAUGCCUGUCAGCUCACACUGGACCCCAACACGGCACAUAAGGAGCUCAUUCUCUCUGACGGGAACAGGAAAGUGACUCGAUCAGAGGGGAAAGAGGAACCUUAUCCUGAUCACCCCGAGCGAUUUGUCUGCUAUCCCCAAGUGCUGUGCAGAGAAGGUCUUACUGGGCGCUGUUACUGGGAGGUGGAGUGGACUGGGGGGGAAAAUGACUUUGCAGUUGGAGUCGCAUAUCAAGGAAUCAGCAGGAAUGAUUUGGUGUUUCUCCAUGACACUGGCAAUAUCAAGUCCUGGAGUCUGGCAAUGGGUCCAUCCAACCCUCAUUCCUGGGUGAAUGGGAAGUGUCAUCCACUAUCUGAGUCCUCCUGGGGUUCCCGCAGAGUUGGGGUGUACCUGAACUGGCCAGCCGGCAUUCUGUCCUUCUUCAGGAUCUCUGACACACUGACCCACCUGCACACUUUCCACACCACCUUCACUGAACCUGUCUAUCCUGUAUUUAGAGUUUCUCCAGAUUCCUCAUUGUCCCUGUGCAUGCUGGGAUAGCCUGGAGGCACUUCCAAGUCUCCAGGGAAAAUUAAUUCUGCUUCAAACCCAAGAUGGGAUAUUGCUUGGUUUGGUGAUAAUUGUGGUUCAUUAUUUUAAUUUUUUUCUGUUCAUCAGAUUUUCUUUGAUUCAGGGUGUGCUAAUGGUUUUUAAUUAAACACAAUAGCUGCUUAUUAGCUCAAAUUAUUAUCCAUAAGGUUCCUACACUUGUUCCUGUUCUGGCAUUGUAGGCUCUCAAAUUUCACCAUUCUGGGCUGCAGGGAACUAGCACCCUCUUGAUUCUACCAGACCAGUUUUUGCCUGGUCGUUCCCUAGGGUCUCAUUAAUUAUGCAUGGUCCAGGAAUAGGAGUGUGCCCCCCCUUCAUUUUAAAUACAAUGUGGCCCAUUGAGCACACUGGGUCUUGUGCCUUAAACUUCAAAAUGAUUGAUAAUUAAGAAAUGAAGUCACAAAACAUAUUUUAUAUGUUGGAUGAGUGCAGAGUUCAAGCACUUGAUACCAGUUGUGUUUGAUAUUCAGAGUGGGAACCAUUAAACAAGCGGUGGUAACUGCCAAAACCAUUUGGAACCAGUUUAAAAAUUGCCUAUACCUGCACGACAGCAUUAAGGACAAACAGCACAUUGUAAAAGUCACAAAAGAAAGCAGCAUACAACUGUUAACUGUUGAAAUUAAAAACUUAAAUUACUUAACAAAAAUAUGGCAGGUAUUGAUGACUCAAACUGAAAGUGUUUACUAUUACCACAGAAUAUGGUGACAGGUCAAUUUUUUGGUUACACUUUACAAUCAGGUUACAUGAAUUGGCAACUAAUGUACACUCCCUGAGCACUUUAUUAGGAACAUUUUACGCCUACUUAUUCAUGCAAUUAUCUAAUCAUCCAAGUGUGUGACCGCAAUUCAUGUAGUCAUGUAGAUACGGGUCAGGAGCUUCAGUUAAUGUUCACAUCAACCAUCAGAAUGGAGAAAAAAUGUGAUCUAUGUGACUUGUGGAAUGAUUGUUGAGUUGUUGGUUGUUGGUUUGAGUAUCUCAGAAACUGCUGAUAUCCUGGGAUUUCUACGCACACUAGUCUCCAGAGUUUGCAGGAACUCACCCAAGGCAACAAACACUUACUCAAGAAAAUUUAUUGAAUGUCACGUUAGCCCACUGGAAAACAUCACUGAAACCAAA